AUGAAAAAAGCUUCAAGCGUUAAAAUGAAAGACAGAGAUGAAAAAGAAAGGGAACUUCAACAAUUCUAUUUUCGUGUCAAACGACAUAAAAGUACAUUAUUUGUAACAGCCAAUGGAAGUGAUAAAGUUUCUCAACUAAAGAAAGAAAUCAUUAAACAACUGAGUAUCGAUGUAAAGAUAAAGUUGUAUAGAGCAGAUAAUAGUAACCCACCUAAUUUUACUAGCUUGGAAUCUCAAAAUGGAGAGGAUACUACUAUCGCGAAACUCGGAUUAAUAGAUGAACAAAUAUUAUAUUUGGUUUUUUGGGACGAUAAAAAUG